UGCGCCGUGGCGUCACAGCGUGACGUCGGUGGUGCCCAUGGCCGAGGGCAGCGGACGGGGGUGAUGGCCUCGUCGGUGGUGCGGGCCACGGUGCGCGCUGUCAGCAAGCGGAAGAUCCAGGCUACGCGCGCCGCUCUCACCCUGACCCCAUCAGCUGUUCAAAAGAUAAAGCAGCUUCUGAAAGAUAAACCUGAACAUGUGGGUGUGAAAGUAGGUGUUCGUACAAGAGGAUGCAAUGGGCUUUCCUACACAUUAGAAUAUACGAAAUCAAAAGGAGAUUCUGAUGAAGAGGUAGUUCAAGAUGGGGUUAGAGUGUUUAUUGAGAAGAAGGCACAGCUGACACUUCUAGGAACUGAAAUGGACUAUGUAGAAGACAAACUAUCCAGUGAAUUUGUCUUCAAUAAUCCAAACAUCAAAGGAACAUGUGGCUGUGGAGAAAGCUUUAACAUCUGAAAUCUCAGGACUACUUUGACUUUGAACACCCCGAAACACUGCUACGGCUUUCAGAAGCAAAUGCAUUUUCUUCAGGUUUGUAGGCUGCGUGAAGUGUGGAUACGAUUAAGAAAAAUAAACCCUUUUGAAAAAGUAAAUUGUUUGUUAGAUUCCACCACUGAUGUAGUUAUACUUUAAUUUGUGAUGAGUUGGGAUUCAAAAGGUAAGAACAGUAAGUGCUAUAGUAACAUCUCUGUACUUUCACAUGCCAAGGAAAUAAAACCUAUCUGUUCUUUUCGUUUGUUAUUUUCUUUGUCCACUCUACUCAGACUUCCCCAUCCAAAACCUAUUUGAAAGAAUAUUACCUGUGUGUUCUGCUUUGAUGGGGGGAGGAAAAAAACCACCACCAAAAUAAAACCCCCAAUCACUUAUAUGAGCUUGUUCAUAAAAAUUUAUAUAUGAAGACCUCAGCUUCAGCGUUCGCUAUGAUUAUGUGUAUGCUUGCUUUGGUUUUGUAGUUUUUUGAUGCUUUAAUCUUUUUACAUGUGGGUUUUCUGGUGGUUUAUUUUUCUAUAAAUCUGGGGAGGUCCAAGAAAGUGUUCAUGUAUUAGUAUAGUGGUAGGUUACCAUAGAACUGCUUGUAGAAAUACUUCAGAAUGGACUAACCCAGUUUUAAUUCUGUUUCUUUCCUUGUUGAAGGCACCGUCUCUGCUGUACUUAGAAAGUAAUUUUGCAAAACAUGAAAUACAUUUGGACAGUGGAGUACUAAAGCAGAUACACAUGAGCAUGGUUUCUCAUGUUUCUGUCAUUUGUCCUUCUUGACUUAAAUUGAAAAGUUGGUAAAGCUGCCUGAAGAUUUUUUAUUUUUUUUUUUUGAGAGGACUCUUACACUUCUCAUUACUUUUUUGUAGUUAUGUCUGCUACUAAUUUUGUUACAGGUCGAACUCUUGCAACUGUGCAGGUACAAGGUUUUUUCUCUAAAGCUUAUCAUAGCUUCUGCUUAACUCUCUUAAAGUUAACUUGGUGACAGGGGAAAAGGCAUUUAUAAUUUAAAAAAAACCCCUAGUAUUUUGUAAUUAUUAAAUGAAUCUAAGCAGUAAUUAAAAUAGUAUGUUUAUAGGAAGCCAUUGUUUCUUUGGAAUUCAGACUUUCUCCUAAUCAGAAUUUAUAUUUUUUACACCAGUGUUCUUCAAGCCUACAAAGUCUUCAGCACUUAUGCACUGGUGCUAAGGCAGAAAUAUAUAUGUCUCUCCAGGCCCUCCCAAAAGCUGAUUCCAUAGAAGUACUCUUCCAUCCUUUUAUUUCCAUGUUUCCCUGGUUGUCUGAAGAUGACAUUGUGCAGCUGAACUGCUCAGUUGUGCUGAAGAGAAGAUAAUGUCUUCCUGGGCAGCUGAUGGGAACAGCUAGUGAAAAGGGUGCAAAUCAAAAGUAGGGGACAACAAGGACUGGGAUCUUGCAGUCAAAGACAGGGUGGUGAUUGAGGUGGGAGUGGAGGGAAAGCUUUAAGGCUGCAUAUGGAGAAUCCAGAGGUAACAUUGAUCUGCACAGUUGCACCCACAUACCUUGCAAUCACAUUGGAGUAGUAACAUGUUGAAGACUCAGGAUUACAGCCACCUGCGAAAAGGUGUAGAAGGAAGAAUAAAACAGAUCAAGAAUUAUUUUUUCAUUUUUAUGUAGUGCACAGGAACAGAAGGUCAAAAUUCCCGCAAUUACAGUUCAAUAUUAAAUACUUGAAUUUUGGUUGUAUGCUCUGUCACCUUUUGAUGUAAAAAUGCUAUUUCCUUCAACAGUCAGCUGCUGUACACGGUUACUUUAUAUAGCAAUUCAGGAAUUACUGGUAAUACACUGUCUACGUGCAUUUUUAGUGCCACAGGUCUUUGUCUUGCCAAACAAAAAAUGCAGUUAAUGUGGUACAGCUGCAUUAAUAUGUCUAAAACUCCAAGCAAAGGGCAUUUCUUCAGAUCGUGUUCCUCUGCCUCUUGCUAGGGGAUAAGACUUGAAAUGUGGUAGCACUGGUAGGGCUUGCUAUGCAUGCUGCUCCUUAGUCAUUUAACUUGUUUUGGUGUGUUUUGGAGUACCGGGGAUUGGCUUGGGGAUUUUUUAAGACCUGUGGCAUGUAUAGCAAUCUUUUCACGUUUUGUGUAUAUGCCUUGACUGAAAGUUUGCACUUUCGUACUCCAGUGAAAUAAUCCUCUAAAUUGUCACUUUACUAAGACACCUAACGCACAAUGUGUUCAACUUCUGUUAAAGUCCUAUUUACAGUUGCAUAGGAACAUGGUUUUGAUGAUUGGUCUGUUAUAAUUUUGUGCAAUACUGUAUGUAGAGUUCUCAGUUGUAAUAAUAAAUAUUGCCUGCUGGUAACCAUGAAA